AUAACCACUCCGGAACGAAACCGUCACCUGAGCUGAGUGUCCGUUUGCUGUCAUUCUUCGGAGGGAAGCCUGCUGGUGCGAUCGUGGCAUCAGUCGAGUGGAGCAGCGGCAAGCGCUGUCCGUAUGUAAAUGAACCACUGCAGCCAAGUGUGUGCGUGUGUUUUUUUCCACUUGAGGAUCUUCGUGGAUGAAGUGACUGUCCAGCCAAGCACUUCGGCGUGCUGAAAUUCAAGAUUAGUGCGGAUAGAGAUUCAAAAAAAGGAGCAUUUCAACGCGGAGAUUGUCAUCGCCUGGACUUGAGCACACUCCACUGGCCUUGAAGGUAAACACACUGAAUUGGAGCAGCAGCUGAAGCACAGCUCAACAAGGUUUUUGGCAUCCUGCCGCCUCCUUACUGACCAUGCGGAGUGUGUGUGUGACGUUCCUGGCGGCGGCGCUCGCCUCCCUCAGCUCGGGAGACACUGACGCACACAGAGCGAAACACGACACCAACUUUGAGCUCUAUAAGCGCUUGUUUGAGACAAAAAGAAAAGAUCAGCUCAACGCACUCAAGAAUCUGGUGGAAUUGAAUGAUAUUAACCAGCAAUAUAAGAUAAUCGACAUCAUGCUGAAAGGCCUUUUUAAGGUUUUGGAAGACUCCAGAGAAAUCCUGGUCUCAGCCAACAUGCAGCCCAACGACCCGUUCCCUCUGGAUGAUAAAAUCAAAGAAGCUUAUUCCCACAUAGUGGAAAACACAGCAUUUUUUGGCGACGUGGCGCUGCGCUUUCCGCGCAUUGUUCACCAUUAUUUUGACCGGAACGCUGACUGGGGUGGACUGCUUCGCUGGGGGCUUCAUUUUUGUAACCAGACUGGAGUUUUCACAGGAGGAGCCCAUCAACAUGUCCUUUCACUGAUGUCGCAGGAACUGGGAAUAAUCGAAAAAUCUCCAGACUUUAUCAACCCUUACCGGACAGAAAGAGAUGAUGUCCUUCACACUGCGGAGGCCUUCCAGAAGAUCCUGAGGGAGGAAGAAAAGAGGAGGAGGAAAGAGGAGAAGAGGAAAGAAAUCCGAAAAGGCCCUCGCAUAUCUCGCUCCCGCGGCGAGCUAUAGCAACAUACCUCAACAAGGCUUAGUGAAGAGGGAGAAACAAGAAGGGAACAUGCAAUUCAAAAAGGUUUACCUCGCAGACUCUGAUUACAGAGUAAGAAAAGUGGCCGUCACGAAAGACGUGUAUCGAGGAAGAUCAUACAAAACAUCGACGUGAUGUUUAAAAAAAAAA